CACAAUUGGUACUUGUAUUUGCAUAAAAAGACUUGCCAAAAUAUUGUACAAAUUAAAUAAAUCUUCCGAUUUUAAUUUUUAACUUAAAUUCAAGUUCCUGCUUUUGCAAAUAAACGAGCUUAAAAAAACGAUUGUGUCAACCCCUUGUGGUGGCGUCAGCAGCAGUGAUUGUGAGUCACUUGCGAAAAUUUCCCAAACCUGCUACAAAAAAAACUCGCAACCACUUGCUAAGUCAUCAGUUCGCCAUAAACACCGCAUAUCAAUAAUCACGCAAUGGCUGCAAUCGUGGAAAAUGAGCCGCGCACGGAGUUGCAGGAACUGCAGCUUAAAUCCGCUCAAGUGGCCGACGAGUCGUUGGAAAGCACUCGUCGCAUGCUUGGUUUGAUGGAUGAAUCUAAGGAAGCAGGCAUACGCACUCUGGUAGCCCUGGACGAUCAGGGCGAGCAGCUAGAUCGCAUUGAGGAGGGCAUGGAUCGCAUCAAUGCAGAUAUGCGAGAGGCAGAAAAGAAUCUUAGUGGCAUGGAGAAAUGCUGCGGUGUCUGUGUUCUGCCGUGGAAGAAGGUCAACAUAAAGGAUGACGGUGAUAGCGCUUGGAAGGCCAAUGAUGAUGGAAAAGUGGUGGCCAGUCAGCCGCAACGUGUCAUUGAUGAGCGCGAGCGUGGAGGCAUGGGAGCACCACCACAAUCUGGGUAUGUAGCUCGCAUAACCAACGAUGCGCGCGAGGACGAAAUGGAUGAGAAUUUGGGACAAGUAAACUCAAUGCUAGGAAACUUGCGCAACAUGGCCUUGGACAUGGGAUCCGAGUUGGAGAAUCAAAACAAGCAAGUUGAUCGCAUUAAUGCCAAAGGUGAUGCGAAUAACACUCGCAUGGAUGGUGUUAAUAAGCGCGCAAACAAUCUGCUCAAGAGCUAAACU